UGCUCCUAAGAGCUUGGCUUUCCAUCUGCGGAGCUCUCUCUGGGUGUUAAAGUUUAAAAAAAAAAAACCAAACCACCCAAAAAACUGGCACUGAAGUAUUUGUAAACUCAAAGGCUGACCCUGGAGUCAUAGCUGGAGUCUCUCUUGCUUUGAGAAGCAGAAUGAUUGUCUCGCAGCUCUGUUUUGAGGAGAGGGCAUAGAAGGCCUGCCACUGCACUUUCUUCAAGGUGUGUAAUAAAAAUGGUGCAGAAAUACCAGUCCCCAGUUCGAGUCUACAAAUAUCCUUUUGAGCUCGUCAUGGCAGCAUAUGAGAAGCGCUUUCCUACAUGUCCAGAGAUCCCAGUCUUCCUGGGGAGUGAAAUCCUGCAUGAAUCCAGGAGUGAUGAUGGAGCUAUACAUAUCAUUGAACGGAGCUGCAAACUGAAUGUGGAUGCUCCCAGGCUGCUAAAGAAGAUUGCAGGGGUAGAGUAUGUUUUCUUCAUCCAGAAAAACACAGUGAACUGGAAAGAGCGAACCCUCCACAUUGAAGCCCACAAUGAGACUUUUGCCAACCGUGUUGUUGUCCUUGAGACGUGUAGCUACUCAGUUCACCCUGAGAAUGAAGAGUGGACUUGCUUUGAACAGUCUGCGUCACUUGACAUCAAGUCAUUUUUUGGCUUUGAAAGCACAGUGGAAAAAAUUGCCAUGAAGCAGUACACUUCAAACAUCAAGCGGGGCAAGGAAGUGAUUGAACACUAUCUGAAGGAGUUGAUCUCCCAAGGGAUCACAUUCAUCCCCCGCUGGGCGCCUCCCCCAGUGUACAGACAGAAGGAUGAGGGAGUCCCAGCUGUUGGACAUGAUGCUGAUGACUUACCCCUUGAGUCUGGGACUCGUGGAACUACCAAAGAGCAAACUGGCAGCUCCUGCCCUCCAGCAGAAGCUGUCAGCCCUGAUGCUGACAAAUUGGAUGCUGAUUACAUUGAGCGAUAUCUGGGCCAACUGACUCCAAUGCAAGAGAGUUGUUUGAUCCGCCUUCGCCAGUGGCUUCAAGAAACGCACAAAGGCAAGAUCCCCAAAGACGAACAUAUCCUUCGAUUUCUGCGGGCUCGUGACUUCAACAUUGACAAAGCUCGAGAAAUGCUCUGUCAGUCACUGUCUUGGCGAAAGCAGUACCAGGUGGAUUAUAUCCUACAGUCAUGGAGGCCCCCAGCCCUCUUAGAUGAAUACUACACUGGAGGAUGGCAUUAUCAAGACAAAGAUGGACGACCACUCUACAUCCUUCGUCUCGGCCAGAUGGACACAAAAGGUUUGGUGAAAGCUCUGGGAGAGGAAUCACUGCUGCGACAUGUUCUGUCAAUUAAUGAGGAAGGACAAAAGAGAUGUGAGGAAAAUACCAACAUCUUUGGCCGCCCCAUCACAUCCUGGACAUGUCUGGUAGACUUGGAAGGGCUGAAUAUGCGGCAUCUCUGGAGGCCUGGAGUAAAGGCCCUGCUUCGGAUAAUUGAGGUUGUAGAGGACAACUACCCUGAAACUCUGGGGAGACUAUUGAUAGUGCGAGCACCCAGGGUUUUUCCUGUGCUCUGGACUCUGGUCAGUCCCUUUAUCAAUGAGAACACAAGGCAGAAAUUCCUCAUUUACAGUGGGAAUAACUAUCAGGGUCCAGGAGGGCUGGUAGACUACGUGGACAAAGAUGUGAUCCCAGACUUCCUGGGAGGAGACUGCAUGUGUACUGUCCCAGAAGGUGGGCUUGUUCCUAAGUCACUUUAUCAAACAGAAGAAGAGCCAGAGAACUCAGAUCACAUCCGGUUAUGGACAGAAACUAUCUAUCAUUCUGCGAGUGUCCUCAAAGGAGCUCCACACGAGAUAGUUGUGGAGAUUCUGGAAGGGGAAUCUGUCAUCACAUGGGACUUUGACAUUCUGAAGGGAGAUGUGGUGUUCAGCCUCUUUCACUCCAAACGUGCUCCUGAAACAAGUCAUAAAGAAGCCACAUUACCAAGUACCUCUGCUGCUGGGGACAAUAUGCAGCUAAUUGAUAAGACGUGGGUCCUUGGGGUGGAUUACAGCCGUAUGGAAUCUCCACUGGUUUGCCGGGAAGGAGAGAGCAUCCAGGGAUCUCAUGUGACUCGCUGGCCUGGCUUUUACAUUCUCCAGUGGAAAAUGCAUGGCCCUCUGCCCUGUUCUGGCACUAGCCUCCCUCGGGUGGAUGAUGUUCUUGCCUCUCUGCAAGUUUCCAGUCACAAGUGCAAGCUUAUAUACUACUAUGAGGUGCUUGCAUCCAAGGACUUCAGGGGAUCCAUGUCAAGCCUGGAAUCUUGCAACAGUGGCUUUUCCCAGCUGAGUGGAGCCACGACAUCUUCCAGCCAGUCCCAGAGCAGCUCCCAUCUUUCCAGAUAGCCAAGGCUACAGCAGCAAGGAAAAAUUGCUCGGGGCUUCCUGACCCGCCCCAGAGCUGCUCUGUGCACCAAACCAAAGAGCCUCCAGGGGCUGAGCCUUGAGGUAGUCGUUCGUGUGACCACAGGUAGCAGCCAUUUGGACACAGAGCGGCCUCUGGGAGCUACCUUAAAUGUGAAAACUUGGAAUACAAAUGGCAGAUUUAGAAA